AAAACAUCCACGGAUCUUAACGGUCUCAGGGAUUCGGAAAAGGCGUAUCGUGUGCGCGUGUCGAUUCCUGAACGAUCAAGUGUGUACGAAGUCCUCGUGGCCAGGAAGGAUCGAAGCUACCAGCAGAGGUGCAGCGGUCGGCCAUUGCGCUUUCUUCGUGUCGCUGUUACGACCGCACGGUGCUCUGCUAUCGGCGGUGGUGACAGCAACAAGGGUAAGAGUAAAAAAUGGCGGAAGAUACUCCAAUUCCCGCACAUUUCCCAGUGCAUAGGCCUAAAAGAUAAAUUGGAUAUCAGGUACAGCUAUGUGGUGGAUCAGCAACCGAUUGGUAGGCUGUUGUUCAGGCAAUUUUGCCAGGACAAGAAACCAUCCUACCAUCGGUACAAUCUCUUUCUGGACGCCAUCGAGAAAUACGAGAUCGAGAUGGAUGAGAAUCGGACCGAGCUGGCCAAGGACCUGUUCGAGCAAUACCUGAAGAGAGAGGGCUCAGAGGUCGUCGACAUCCUAAACGAUUCUUUGAUCGCCCAGUGUGAGGAGAGGCUCAGCACUGGCGGCAAGGAGCUCUUUGUGGAGAUCGCGCAGACCGUGAAAAACUUCCUCGCCGGCGAGCCUUUUUCAGCUUUCCAAACCAGCUUUUAUUUCUAUAGGUAUCUUCAAUGGAAAUGGCUAGAGGCCCAGCCAGUCACGUACAAGACCUUCCGUAUGUACAGAGUGCUGGGAAAGGGUGGGUUUGGCGAGGUAUGCGCCUGUCAAGUGCGAGCAACAGGAAAAAUGUACGCGUGCAAGAAAUUGGAAAAGAAACGGAUCAAAAAACGAAAGGGAGAAGCCAUGGUACUCAUAGAGAAGAAUAUAUUGCAAAAGAUCAACUCUAAAUUCGUCGUGUCCCUAGCGUAUGCCUACGAGACCAAGGAUGCAUUGUGUCUAGUUCUGACAAUUAUGAACGGUGGAGACUUGAAGUUUCACAUUUAUAACAUGGGCGGUGAGCCUGGUUUCGACAUCAAUCGUGCCAGGUUCUACGCAGCCGAGGUGGUCUGUGGCCUGGAGCAUUUGCAUUUACAAGGAAUAGUUUAUAGAGAUUGUAAACCAGAAAAUAUUCUGCUGGAUGAUCAUGGCCAUGUAAGAAUAUCUGAUCUUGGCCUGGCUGUGGAGAUCACAGAGGGCGACAUGGUGACAGGAAGAGUUGGUACAGUUGGAUAUAUGGCACCAGAAGUGAUUGAUAAUGAGAAGUAUACAUUUUCACCCGAUUGGUUCAGUUUUGGAUGUCUUCUGUACGAGAUGAUAGAGGGCCAAGCUCCGUUUCGUGCAAGAAAGGAAAAGGUGAAGCGGGAAGAAGUGGACAGGAGGGUAAAAGAAGAUCAAGAAAGGUAUUCCGCCAAGUUUACCGAGGAGGCGAAGAGUUUGUGUCAGCAAUUAUUAAAAAAGAGCCCGAAGAACAGACUGGGUUGCAAGUGCGGUAGACACGGCGCCAAGGAAGUAAAGUUGCAUAACUUCUUUCAGUGUUUAAACUGGAAGAGGGUCGAGGCCGGUAUGUGGGAACCACCGUUUGUGCCGGAUCCUCAUGCCGUGUAUGCUAAAGAUGUAUUGGACAUUGAGCAAUUCUCUACAGUGAAAGGCGUCAAUUUGGACGCCACUGAUGAUACCUUCUAUAGCAAAUUCAAUACCGGUAGCGUGUCUAUCCCAUGGCAGAAUGAGAUGAUAGAGACUGAGUGUUUUAAGGAACUGAACGUGUUAGGUCCUAACAACACACCUACUCCUGAUCUCUUGAUCAACCAUCCACCACCAAAUAACGAAAAUAGAGGCUGCUUUCCAUUUCGAAGACAGAAAAAGCAAAGUGCUCGUACAAGACAAAUACCAUUAUCAGAGUGUCAUCUACUGGAAUUGUCGCAGAGCCAAAACUCGGAGAUGCCAGCCAGCUGAUCCAAGGUGAACACAAAUAGUGUAAAUCAACCGACAUCGUCGUCUAUGCGACGUCGUCGUUGCGGACGACGUCGACGAGCUCUCAGAUGCUGCCCAAAGCUACUUUGAAACAGGAAAAACAAUAAAAAAUGAUGCCUGAGUGAGCUCUGUAACUUUGGCGCCGAUUUUUGGUGUGCUAUCUUAUGAGAUUCACACUUAUCUAUAAAAGGGUUAGCUGAGAAGAGGCACUUUCAGCAUUACAAGCACAUGACACAUGUUUUCUCAGGUUUCUCGGAGCAAGAAGCGACGAAUACGUUGAUACUUGCGAGAAUGAUAUGUUCAAAUACGUUUGUAAUAAGAGUAACAUAGAAGCAGCGCCUCGUAAUCUUAAAAAUCCAAGAGAAAUGUUGCUCUUGUUGCAAAGAAAUAGUGGAUGCAAUUAUAUAGUUAUUACAUCGAAAUAUGGAAUUCUUUGUGAACGAAAUUGGUCGUAAAAUAUAUUUAUUUUUGCGUGUGCAGCGCUUGAUAUUUAUUUUCUGCCGAAUGAAAAUGCAAUAGUAGGUAUUUAUGGAAAAUUACGUUUGGAUAUUGAAUUCUCAUUACGUAUUAUCUCAUUACAUAUGUUUUACAUUACUGAACGGUAUUCUUUAUUCAAUUGGUCUAUGUACACUUAAUGCACAUGAAUACGAGCGUGAUUUCGAGCAUUCAUACGUUGGCAUGUAUGCAAUGUUCGCGUAAAUAUGUUUACGAAUGGCGCAAUUACAUAUCGGUAAUUGGGGUCGCGUGCAUAUAAUUUUGUAUGUGUACUUAGAGCAGUCGAUAGGCGCGUGCACAUGCGAUAAUGAUAGUAAGAAUGUUAUUAACGGAUAAAGAAAAUAUACGCGUGAAAAUUGCAAUAUGAUAAAAAUAUACUGUGAGAAAAAUGCUCCGAUGGAACCGAAAAAAAUUUCUUUCGUUUCUUGGAGCAAGUUCCAGAGGCAUUCUAAUUUUUUAACUAAUUUUUUACUUGAAAUUAAUUAUAUUCGCUGCUUAAAAUAAUCACAGGGUCGCUUGUGUUAGAAUAAUGUGACUAGAGAUAAUUUUUUUUUAUUAUUGUAUUACUUUUAAAGAUAUUCCUAGUAUUUAAUUUUUUUUUUUUUUUUUUUUUUGAGUACACGAUCCUCUGAUUAUUUUUAGUAUACAGAAAAACGUAAUCUAAAAUUCAAUCAAAAUUUAUUUAUAAUCAGUGUGUUCUUUCUUGAUUGACAAUCUUCCAAUUUCAUUUUGGAAUGUAUAUUGCAUUGCUCAAAAUAGUCAUUGAAUCCUAUACUCAAAUUAUCUUGAAAACUCCAGAUUAUGAUAUAAAUUACAAUUUAAGUUCAUUAUUUUGUGAGCAGUGUAAUCGUCGACUGCCUAAUUAGUUCAAUUUUCUUCUCAAAUGAAACUCGAACCGAAUAGAUGCAUUUAAGGAGCGUUAAAAGUCUGUGUUUUGAUACUUUUACUUUUUGACGGAUGUUUGCGUGUAUAUAUAUAUAAUUCUUUUUAAGUACGAAUAGUUUUCAACGAGGAGAAACCCGUCCUGAGAUACGCACAAAUUGAUAUGCGAUUCAGUUUUCUUUUUUAUAAAUGAUUCAGUUCAUAGUUUAUUAAAACAUAUUCUUUGAUCGAAUAUUUCCAAGACCUUUUCAAGAAAAAAAGAUGAAUCGCACAGAUAACGAAGCAUAUGACUGCUAUCAAACGCAUACAUACUAAGAUUUAUUUAUAUAAUAAUAUCGAGGAGAAUUUGUUAUGUUAUUGAAAAGAAGAAUUGGCUAUAAGUAUGUAAACGAGAACAUGAGGCUGAUAGCGAACCAAGAAAAAGUAAUCUCUUUCAAGAUUAUUGAUAAAUCGUUGCAAUUACGUGGCUCGUUUUAUUAGUCUUUGAUUCUUGUUUUUUUUUUAUUUUUUUUUUUUUAUUUUAUAAAUAUUGUAUUAUACAUAAGGCCGAGAUAAAUCAUGAAUGGACUGAUAAGUAAUUAAUUUUUAUGGAUUUGUAUAUGUAUGCAUACAUAUGUAUCUGUAUGUAUAUAUGAUAUAUAAUUUCAAUUUGAUAUAAUUAUUUUAGAUAAUGAUAAUUUAUGUAUGAUUUUUAUUGAAUAAUUUGUUCAUAAAGUAUUUACUUAGCAGCCCAUUCACUAGAAAUAUUUAUAUACUAUUACGUAUUUAGGAUAAACAAAUGUGUAUGUCUCAGCGGUACCGAUUUAGUAAUUUAAAAAAAAAAAUAUGUAUUAUUAAUUAAUCCACGAAUAACGGUGCGACCUCCUAUUGAUCAUAUCUAUCAUUCAACUCGAUUCGAUCGAUAAGUGAUAUUUUCGUAUCGAUUUCAUAAGUUGAGAAAAAAUCGAUAAAAAUGUUUAUUGGUCGAAUUGCGAGUUUGUAAUCGCUCACAAUGCAACACCGUGUCUCUCGUACAAAUUGCGGUAGAAUUUUCAUUAUUUAACCAUCUACGACAAUAUCGAGAAUCGUUUAAUCUUUCCAGAUUAUUUCGACGAGAAAAAGAUCGCACAAUAUGUGUAAUGAAUUAUGGAGAAAUUCAAAAAAUUAGUGACUUGUCCAUCACUUAUCUAAAUUAAUUUAGAAAAUUUAUAACCUAUAUCUAAAAAUUAAAAAAUUACUAAAAGAUCAUUGAAGAUUAGAUUAAUUUUCGAAUUGUCGAGAUGGUUCUAAAUUAGUUACGUAAUUUUGCAUUACUCUUAAUAUCGUAAGUUAGCAUGUAAACAAUUAAUUACCGGGGAAAAAGAAUAUCGUAUAAGCAAAAGUACCGGUAGUUCGAUUUCCAUUCGUGGGAUAUCAUCGUAUCGUCCAGAUAUUUCCGAUUAUAAAAGGAAUCUCUCAGUGCUUUCAACUGUGAUUUUUGUCUGAUGUCCUCCAUUUAUUAAUUUAUUAAUCUUUUUGCGAGCUACCGGGCAUUCGAGGAAAAAGAUCGAUCGUGUCUAACAAAUAAAGACGACGCUACUCGUACGUAUCAAAACAGACAAAGAAAUAUUCUCGUGUAUAGUAAGUACCUCGAAUUCUGACAGACAAUUGCCGUAGAAUCUCGUUUAACGUCCGUCAGAUAAUAUUUUUUUUCUUCUUUUAGAAGAUGUAUAUCUUCGUUUAUUCGCCAGUUUUUUUUUUCAUUUUUUUACAUCAUAUAAAUUAUAUAGAAAUUUAAUAUUUUUCUUCUUUUCCUUUUUCUUUUUAGUCAUUUUUCUAUAUCAUAUUAUAUUGAUAGAACGAGAUAGGGAACGAGAUGUUCUUUUAUUGGUCAAUUAUAGAGAGGGAAAAUGAUGACGCAAAUAUUAAAUCAUUCCACUUUUUCGUGCAAAUGUCGUAUAUUGUUGUUUCAUUUUUCGUUUAUGAUGAUUUAAGUGCAAGUGGAAGUUGGACAUUCUGAGAGACGUUUAUAGUUAUUAAAUUGCAUAGGAAUAACUAUUAGUUGUAAAAUCUAAUUAGCUCUCUAUAUUUUUACUUAUAACUAUAUUAGUUUCCAACGUAUAAAUAAUAUGUUGAUUUAAUUGUUUCUAUUAAUUGAACAAAAUUUUUUUUUUCAGAACAAAUUUAAAAUUUAUUUAUUUAUUUUUUUUUUUUUUUAAUAAAAAAUAUUAUUUUACAUAUGAUUGUCAAAUCGCUUAUUGUUAUUCCUUUGUAAUUGGUGCAAUGACUAUAUGAUGACUCUUGUCAUCGGAGAAUGAUAAUUGCAUUUCCCCGAAAAGGAGCCUCGAUAAUCUCGAGAGAAAAAGAGUCAGUAAUGCAGAGGCUCCGUGCAAGCACGUGAAAGUUCUCCUUUGUACAUAAUAUAUACGAUAGCGAUAUUAAACGAUAGCUAUAUAAUUCUAUAAUGAAUAGGAAGCGAUUAAUUAGUAGUAGAUAUGCGUGUUUGUAUAGGUGCAAGAAAGAAAUAAGCGUUAGCAAAGAAGAAACCUCCAUUGUUAUGGGGAAUUUUUCUCGAGACGGCGGAAAUAUCCGCGUGAGAUUAUCAUUGUAUUUAUAUCGCAUACCUUCUUCCACACUCCUUUUUAUCCGCUGCCACGUGCAACUGCGUAAAAUAAAAGACUAAAAUGCAAUGGAAUGACGUGUAUAGAUAUAAUGUUUUUCGCCAUGGAAUUCUCGAAACGGAUUUCCUAUGAAGUGAGUGAAAUAGAGGUUAAAAUAGUAUUUGAAAUGAAUUAAUUUCUUUAUUUUUUUUUUUUUUAUAGAAAAUAAAAAAUUGAUUUUUGUAUUAUCUGAUAGAUAAUGAUUAUUUUUUAAUGUGAUAAUUUUCUUAAUUUGUAAUUAUAUAAAAAAAAUUAAUGAUUUAUUUUGAUAUAUGAUAAUUAUUUUGAUGGAUGAUAAUUUAUUUGAUUUGAUUUACUUCAUACUGUUUAUUACAAAUACUAUUACCUCCAGAUUUGUGUGAAUCCUCGUUGGAUCGAGGCCAGUUUAAAAAAGCAACUUAGCUAUUUAGAUUAUGCGAUUAAUCGCUGAUUUAAUUUCCCACGUUUUUUGCCUGCGUCUCAUCGACGAUAUCUUCGGUUUCUUUUUGCGAAUUUUUUUUUCAUUUAACUCUCGAUUCUAAUGAAUCGUAUAUCGCUCAAAAAUAUUUUUUGAUAAAUUAAAUUAUUGUCAAAAAAAAAAAAAGAGAGAAAGAAAUAGUAAUCUUAUUGUUUCGAUGAAAGUUCAUGGAAUUAUAUGAAUCUUCUUGACCUAAAGAGACUAAAUUUGAUGUUUGAUGGCAAUUCUAAUUAAUAAAAUAUAAAAACGGCACUAUUAAAAAAAAUGGCACUAUCUUUUUAAAACGAAUUGUGCAAUUAAAUUAAAAUAACUUUUUAACCAAUUUUAACACAAAAUUAUGAUUCUCUUUUUAGAAACAAAUCUUAUUAAAAGUAUUAACCGAAAUUGUCUUAGAAAAUUGAUAUUUUUAGAAAUGAUUUUUUUUUUUUUUUUUUUGAUACUUUCAUUCUUCUUGUUAGUCUCUAAUAAAAUUAAUGUAUCUAUUGAAACAGGAAGAAGCAAAUUUUUGUUCCUGACGCGUCGACGAAACCAAAUGAAAUUUUUCUUUUGUAAUCUAUAUGUUGUACAACUAUUGUGGACAAAGCUAUAAAUAUUAUAAAUAUACAUAUAUAUAUUGUAUAUAAGUUAUAAAUAUAUAAGCUUUAUGUAUUUAUAACUUAUAUGUUUAUACAUACAAAUAUAGACGCGCAUAUAACCAAAAUCUUUUUACUUAUUUGAAGCCCAUUAUAAAAUUAUUCCCAAUAUAUUUUCAACUGAAAAUAUACUUAAUAUACUUCAUAGUAUGCAUAUUUCAAGGCCUUUCAUCAUGAUACAAGUGUAUUCUUUUUUUUUUUUUGUCAAAAAAAUGUCUCUAAUAUUUUUUUGCAACAUUUAAUAUUUUUAUAUUACAUUUACAUUCAUUAAUUUAUUUAUUUAUUUUGUACUCAUAAAAUUUUUUCAACAUUUUUUUAUUGCAGAAGCUUAUUAACCAUAUCUUAUUUUUUGUACGAUAUCAUUGUUUUUUUUUCACAAAGCUGAUAUUAUUUAUUUUAACAAGAAAUUAUGUUACAGGAUGAAAGGGAUUGGCGGAAGUAACACACGUAUUAUACAAUAUAAUAUAUUGUCACAAUUUGCUUGUCUCAUAAGAUCUCCAAUUUCCAUUUUCUCGUCUAGAUCCUAAGCUAUUGCCAGAUUUUUACACUUUUUUUUUUUUUUUUAAUCAUUUCAACAAGAAUUCAUAUAUUUUAUAUAUUCGCAAAUGUGAUUGCAAUGUUUUCAUUUUUUAAUAUCACUCUCUUUCCCCAAGCAAUCUUCCGUUUACUUUCAUUUUUAUCAAUAAUCAUUUAAUCAUAAUUCUUUUUUUUUUUUUUUAUAGAAGAUUUUUUUAUUUUUAAGAAUCAAUUUCACUUAUGACCCUCAACAUCCAUUCUCUUUUCACAAUACAUUCUACUUCGCCUCUACGUUGUUAUAUUAUUAUUAUAUGUACAAUAUAAAAAUAAUACAACCUCUCUUUUUUAUUUAAAUAUUUAAUCUCGAUUUUCAAUAUCGAAGAUUUUGGAAAUUCAAAUGAAAACAACGCAAUCACGAGAGAAUAAAUUGUUUAAACAUGUUUUCUCUUCUUCGCAAGCUAUUUCAAAUACACGCUGGUAUUUUUCAACAUAAAAAUAAUACAAAUAUCGAAUUCUGGCGAAUGUUUUCACUCUUCGUUUUCUUUGUCUUUUUUUUUUUUUCGUUAUUUUUUUAUCUUACUUACUGCUGACUAAUUAAUUAAUAAAUGCUUAUUGUCACGUGUGUCCGAGUGGCCAUCGACGCUUGUAAAAAAAUACAAUUCCUUUUCUAACUAUAACUUAUUUAAAAAAUUGCUAUCGCUAGUGUCAGUCAUAGCACUGGUUCUCCCUUUCUUCUUCUUUCAAAAUUUUUUUAAAAUAUAACCUAUAAUCGUUAUAAUCAAACGGAUUAAAUUAAUUAAUCGAUUCAGAAUUGAAUCUUUCAAAGAAAAAAUUAUCUCAAAUUGAGUGAUAUAGUUGAGUAUAAUUAAUUGCAAAAAUUUGUGAUUAAAAUUUGUUGAAAGUUUCGAUUUUUCCUGUUUUAUUCAAAUUUUUUUCUUUAAUGUUUUUCUUUUUUCGAAAGAGAUUCACCUAGCUUUUUUACAACUAUUCUUGGUUUAUUAAAUACUCUGAUCUAGAUCCGAGAUUUAGAUCUAACAUCAGAAAUACUGAAAUGUCGAGGAUUGACUAGGCCACGCGUCGAUAGACACCCUGAUGAGUUUUCAUGCAGAUUUGCUAUGAUCGUCGAAAUGUAUCCCGUAAGUAAAAAAAAAAAAAAAAAAAAA